UAAGUGCUUGCGGGGCCACAGCCGCCCGCCUCCCUCGCUUCCUGGUGUCAGCUGAGAUCAGGCUGGAUUGCCGUAGCUCCAGGGAUUAUCUGGAUCCCUCAGUUCAAGGAGCCGCAGACUCUCCCAAAGGCAAGACGCCAGGCUCCAGAGGACACACGCGACCCGGAAGACUUUCCUGCCACACUCCAGUGCCAGUGUGAGGGGCGUCGAUGGCGGAGGCUGCGGAGGCGGCAGCCGAGUGCGGUGGUGGCGGUGACUCCGGGGUUGGCGCGUGCGAACGAGGGGUGGCUCCCAUUAAAGCUCAGUACCGCACCACCAAAGAACAUUUCCACGAAUACCUGGAUGCAGACAAGCAGGGGGGUGCAUGCCAGGAAACGCCCACCGGAGACCCAGAUGAGCCGGGGGCCAAAAGAAUUCGCCUGGAAGAUGGGCAGGAUAAUGCAAAGACGGAGGUGGCGACUGAGUCCCAUGAAAGGCAGGUGCCCAAGAGGGCCCGUGGCCAAAACAAAAGCCGGCCCCACAUGAAGCCAGCGCACUAUGACAAGGAAAGGCUCUGCCCGUCCCUCCUGCAGGAGCCGGCCACUCCGUGUGCGUUUGGAGACCGUUGCCGCUUCCUGCAUGAUGUGGCGCGCUACCUGGAGACCAAGCCGGCCGACCUGGGCCCCCGCUGCGUGCUCUUCGACACCUUUGGCCGGUGCCCUUUCAGCAUGACCUGUCGCUUUGCUGGCGCACACCUGGGGCCUGAGGGUCAGAACCUGGUGAAGGAGGAGGUGGUGGCCCGCUGUGCGCAGCUCCCUUCUGUGCGAAACGGCCUAGACAGGGCCCUGCAGCAGCAGCUGCGCAAGCGCCAAGUGUGCUUUGAGCGAGCUGAGCAGGCCCUGUACCACCUCACCCAGGGCUCCACACCCACUGUUGUCCCUGAGACCACUGUGGCCGCGUUGACCCCAAAGCAGAAUAGCUGCCACGGCCAGCCGGACGCUGCAGGGGGGGCUGGAACCCCUCAAGGCAGGCCUGUGCCCACCUGUGGCCCCUUGACAGACGAGGACAUCAUCCGCCUGCGGCCCUGUGAGAAGAAGCGGCUAGACAUCAGUGGAAAGCUGUAUCUGGCUCCUUUAACCACGUGUGGAAACCUGCCCUUUCGCCGCAUCUGCAAGCGCUUCGGGGCGGAUGUGACCUGCGGGGAGAUGGCCAUGUGCACGAACCUGCUCCAGGGACAGAUGUCUGAGUGGGCUCUGCUCAAGCGCCACCCCUGCGAGGACAUCUUUGGGGUGCAGCUGGAGGGCGCGUUCCCUGACACCAUGACCAAAUGUGCUGAGCUCCUCAACCGCACCAUCGAAGUGGACUUCGUGGACAUCAACGUGGGCUGCCCCAUCGACCUCGUCUACAAGAAGGGUGGCGGCUGUGCGCUCAUGAAUCGCGCCGCUAAGUUCCAGCAGAUCGUGCGGGGCGUGAAUGAGGUGCUGGACGUACCAUUGACUGUGAAGAUGCGCACAGGUGUCCAGGAGCGUGUGAGCCUGGCACACCGCCUGCUGCCUGAACUGCGGGACUGGGGUGUCGCACUGGUCACGCUCCAUGGCCGCUCCCGGGAACAGCGCUACACCAGGCUGGCCGACUGGCUCUACAUAGAACAGUGUGCCAAGGUGGCCAGCCCCAUGCCCCUGUUUGGAAAUGGGGACAUCCUUUCGUUUGAGGACGCCAACUGUGCCAUGCAGACAGGCGUUGCGGGGGUCAUGGUUGCCCGUGGUGCCUUGCUUAAGCCCUGGCUGUUCACGGAGAUCAAAGAGCAGAGACACUGGGACAUCUCGUCCUCUGAGCGCCUGGACAUCCUGAGGGACUUCACGCACUAUGGCCUAGAGCACUGGGGCUCUGACACGCAGGGUGUGGAGCGGACCCGGCGCUUCCUUCUUGAGUGGCUCUCCUUUCUUUGCAGGUAUGUGCCCGUGGGCCUGCUCGAGCGACUCCCACAGAAGAUCAACGAGAGGCCACCCUACUACUUAGGCCGUGACUACCUGGAGACACUCAUGGCCAGCCAGCAGGCUGCAGACUGGAUUCGCAUCAGUGAGAUGCUGCUUGGACCAGUACCACCUGGCUUCGUCUUCCUGCCCAAGCACAAAGCCAAUGCCUACAAGUAGCCAAUGGAGACAAUAAAUUUUAUUCUUCUAUAA